AUGUGCUUCAUCACCUUACAUUCCCUGCCAUCCUUUCUUCAGUUGGAGUCCUGCACCCCCCGGUUACGGAGGAGGCAUAUACCUAUUCGCCGUUGGAUAGCGCAGGUGCUGGUCCUCACCUUCAGCUCACUCCUCAACAAUUGGGCAUUUGCAUACCAUGUCCCCCUGCCAGUACAGAUCGUGUUUCGCUCAGCAGGUUUAGCUGUAUCAAUGCUCUUUGGCUUUAUCUUUUUCAAAAGGCGAUAUUCGCUGUACCAAAUUGCUGCUGUAGCCUUUGUCUCCCUGGGUGUCCUCUUGGCGACGUUCUCACGCCCUUCGUCGUCUUCUAGCUCGGACGACCCGGCGGAGUUUGGCAGAUAUUUACUGGGGGUAGCCAUGAUGACCACCUCUCUGAUUCUCACCGGCGUGCUUGGGAUGCUCCAGGAGAGCACCUACAGCAAGUUUGGACCUCACUGGAGGGAGGGAGUAUUUUACACACACCUGUUGUCUCUACCAAUAUUCGUGUUCUUGAUACCUGACGUCAAGCACGGAUUCGUGAGCUUGUCCUCGCAUACUGCAUCGGUGACAUCAAGUGCGGCCUCGCCUAUAACACACUGGGCAACAACCUACGCGCCUUACAUUGUGCUGGCCGCGAACCUCGUUACGCAGCUCAUUUGCGUCUCGGCCGUGAAUCAGUUGACUUCACGGGUCACAUCCGUGACGACCAACCUCGUAUUAACGGCACGCAAAGCCAUCAGCUUGUGUCUGAGCGUAUGGUGGUUUGGAAACGGAUUCAAUGCCCAGCUGGGCCUAGGCGCGGGGAUGGUAUUCGCAGGAUCCCUACUGUACACGACAGAUACGCGAGAGAAGCGGCCAACGGAAGAGCGACGAUGGUAUAACUAUGGGACAGUCCCAGCCAACGACGAGCAGAAGGACUUCGGAGGAUACAACGAAGCGAAGGGACAUGGGGGGGUAACCAACUGUAUCGGUCAGGAACUAAUCCGGCGACUGAAGACGAGGGAAGGCGGGGGAUAAGAUGUGGGCGAACACGGGUUAAAGGUGGGAUAAUACCAUGUCCAUCCGAAGAACGAGGCACGAUUCGCAGGCGGUAUCGACGUGAAGAGCGUAAAGAGACGUGAACAGGAUAUCGUGGGGCAUGGCGUGCAUGAGCGCAAGUGGGUUAUUGCAAUCGGAGAUGAUGGGAAUAUAGAUUCGUGAAGAUCGGUUGCACCGUGGGACCAGAAGACAUUCCGGCACGGCACCUAGAUGUAGACAGCCAGGUCCAUCCAAAGGAUGAGCGAUCUACUGCGUCGAGAGCUAGCGCAGCAGGACCCGUCACAGGCGAGCCGAUAUACGCGUCAUAUAUCCUUCUCAGAGACGUAUUGGUUCAUCUGGGGGUUGACAGGCGUGACUGGUGUCGCUGGCACGUCGACAUCGUAGCCAUCGUAUGAGCGGCCCCUGUGUUUCAAAGCAUAGUCCUCUUGGGUACCGUCGUUUGCGAUCGUCAUCGGGGUAACUGGACGCGACG